CCCUCACCCACCUCACUUCAGCCCAGCUGAGCACAACCGGGAGAGAAGUGUUUGGUACGUGCACAGGGACUCUAUGAUCAAGCACCGGGCCCAGAAAGCUCCCCCUGGGCAACACAGGCACUGUGAGCAGUGCUUCAGCCAGCACUGCCACGCACCCAUUGAGGUCUCCGUGUCCUGCAUGGUGAUCAGCUGCCGCCUCCACUGUGGGGCCACCUUCCACAUGUGCAAGGAGGAGGAGCACAAAUUGCUCUGCCCCUUGGAGCAGGUGUCCUGCCUCAACUCAGCCUAUGGCUGCCCUUUCUCCAUGGCCCGCUUUAAGCUGGGGAAACACCUCCAGGUCUGUCCAGCCAGUGUUGUCUGCUGCUCAAUGGAGUGGAAUCGCUGGCCAAAUGUGGAUUCAGACACAACCCUGCACAAGAAUAUUAUGAAAGAGACCGUGAAUGAAGAAUGUCUGGACAUAGCUUUGGCACUCAGAGACCAGAAGAUACUUUUCAGGACUUUGAAAAUAGCUGAAUUAUUUCCAGAGUGGAGGAAAAAGGAUGAACUGGAAGAGCUAAUGGAUCAAGCCAUGGGUGGUGAAGCAGGUGCUGUGGGGGGAGCUGCCUGUAGUUCCCAAGAGGGCAGUGACCAGUCUGAGCUCAGCCAGCGUGAGCGGGAAGAUUUGGCAAAGGACAAAGAGGGAAUGGAUCUGGGGAGUUACAAAACCUGGGAGAACAUUUUCAGCAAAGAGCUUCUGGCUUGCCAGGUAACGGGCUCAGCACCCAGCACAGGACGAAAGACAGAGGAGGCUUCCAAGAAAACAGCAUCAGCCCCUCGUGCUGCCAGCUCCACAGAGAAGGCAAAGGAAGGACCUGAUGGUGCAGAAGAGGGAAAGGGCCAAAAGUCUGAACAAGUAACACCGAGUAGAGAACUGAAUGGACUGGCUCCCUGGCAAGAAGGGGUCCUGGAGAGGCUGAAGAAGGAAGUCGGUGUAGCUGAUUACAACAUGUAUCUGGUACAUCAUGGGGGAAUGCUCAUCCGCUUUGGCCAGAUGGCUGCUUGCACUCCCAGAGAAAAAGACUUUGUCUAUGGGAACUUGGAAGCCCAGGAGGUGAAGACUGUCUACACCUUCAAAGUGCCAGUUAGUUACUGUGGCAAAAGAGCACGACUAGGAGAUGCACUGGGCCACAAGGUGCCAACUUCAGACAAGUCAGUGGAUACCUCAGAACUGGGAAUAAACAUAGAAGAACUACCUAAGACAAACAUAGUUGAAGCCACACUACUGUGUGCUCUGGAAAAAGAGCUGAAAGGCCAUGAGAUUUCUGAAGCAAGAGGUAUUGAUGGACUCUUUAUGGAUUUUGCAACACAGACAUACAGCUUUCCUUUGGAGCCCUUCUCCUCCAGCGCAGUUCUAGCAGAUAUUCUGGAUGAAAACAGCCCACCAGAGCUGCACAUGGAACUCUACACUGAGUGUGUAACCAGAAGACACAACAAAAGCAGUUCAGCUUUCACGUUCACUUGCAGUCAUUUCUUUAGGAGGGACGAGUUCCCAUCGCACUUCAAGAAUGUGCACGCUGAUAUCCAGUCAUGCCUGGAUGGAUGGUUCCAGCAUCGCUGCCCGCUGGCCUACUUGGGAUGUCCUUUUGUUCAAAAUCACUUCCGCCCUGAGGGACUUAAGGCCAAGGUUAUUUACAGCAAGCCUCUCAAGACAUUUGCUAUUAAGCCAGAGGUGGACACGCUUCUUGCUGAACCGGGAAAGUGCAAUUCCACAGUGGAUAGUCGAGGGGAAAACAAGGACUUGCUGAGCAGCCUCCCAGUGGAAGUGCUCAAGUACAUUGCGGGAUUCCUGGACAGCUUCAGUUUAUCUCAGCUGUCACAAGUGUCAGUGCUCAUGAGGGACAUCUGUGCCACUCUUCUUCAAGAGAGGGGGAUGGUCCUGCUGGUCUGGGAGAAAAAAAGAUAUUCCCACGGUGGUACUUCGUGGAAAGCUCACAAAAAGAUCUGGCAGUUCAGCAGCCUGUUCUCCAGAGUUCACAACUGGCAGUGCAGCGGCAGCCCGAGCAUGUCGGAGCACCUGAGGAAUUGUCCCUUCUACCAGGUGGAGCACAGGACGGAGCCUGUGCUGCUGACGGGCAUGAGCGAAUCUCGGGAGCAGACUCGAAAGACUUUGGUCUCUACUUUCAAGCGCAGAGUCUGAACAACUUGCUUCCCCUCUGCCAUGCUCCCUUCAGGGCUCUUGAGAUGAAGAUUUGGGAAUUCAGGUGUAAAGAUUGUUGCUUCCAACUCUCCUUUGGACGUACAAAAUUGGCUUCUCUCCAGCUGCAUUUGAAACAUCUGCAUCGGUUUUUUCCUGCAUUAAUUUGUUAAAACUUCAUCCACUGCUUACUAAUACCACAUGCUUUCUGUUUAUGUUUCUGUUCCUGGUUUAAUACAGCAUCUUGAAGAAAGCAAUGAGGAUCUUACUUGAAAUCAGCAUUUUCACAUCCUUGAAGGUAAACCAAAGCCUCGGCAAUUUCUAAGGGCUUCAGAAUAGAGGACACCUUUGUGCCACUCACCUGCAGUCCUUUGCCUCCUAUCCCUUGACAUAUCCUGCUCAGAAGAGCCAGCCCUGUCCAAAUAUUAACAGAGCCCUUGGUUGGUAUGGGAGGGGGAGGUCUGCCCUUGGUGGAGAAGCUGAAUGACCAUUCAGGGAUGGACUCACGGGAAAACACAACUUUGUCCAGGGAGGGCAGCCUGGACAGCCUCAGCUCCAUGCUGCAUUGCUGUGUUCCAGGCAACAGGCACACACUUUUGGAAAUGCCUCUUCUCUGGUUCCAGAGAAGAUUACAUUGCAUGUAGAUGUGUUUGUAUGACUACACAUAUGAUGUGCAUCUACAGGUACGUGCAUGUAAGUAGACACACAACAUGUAUGUAGAUGUAGAUGUGCACCUGUAUAUAAGUACACUUGGGAAAUGUCUACAAGGCAUUAACCAAGAUCUUUAUGUAUUUAUGCAUUUUAUGUGUGAAGCUGAGCAUAUAUGUAGGCAAAAAUCAGUACUUCAAAAUGGUAAAUCCUCAAGCAGGGGAAGUUAUGGGUUAAACUGAGAGCAAAUCAAGCAAUCAGAAAAAUAGGACUCUCCAGGAGAAAGCUGCAAUAAAAUUUUUAUUUAUAGACGUUUCACUGCUGGGAGUUUACAAGAUGAAGAAGAUCUGUGGCUCUGUAUUUGUGAAAAAGAAGACAGACAUGAUUAAACGCUUUUCUGGCCUAACAGGGAAUCUGAAGGUUAACACUUAGAAACCUUGUAUAAAACCAACAGGGGGAAAAAAAAAAAAAGAAAAACCAGAAGGAAGGGGUGUAUGGAAAGGAGGUAUAUGGCACACAAUAAAAGUGAGAAUUUAUGGAGCAUACAAGGUGAUAAGGAGUGUUCAAAAUAAUCUGGAAAAACUGGAUUGCUGCAAGUGCUAACGGCACUUGGAGGCAGGUUUUUUUCAAAAUACAUUGAAAACUAAGAAAUAGUAGUCACAGUCUAGGCUCUUACUGGGUGGAUAUAGGUAAAACUGUUGAUAGUGAAGACUUUUGAUGGAGGCUUCUUGAUACAGAAAAGUUACUUGUUUGCAUACAGAAAGAAAUGGAUUUAUGUACUCACACUACAUGAGGAUAGUAAAAAACUUCCUCAUCUUUCUGCAAACUAAGGAAAGUUUUAACAGCGUCUAUUAAGCAUAAGUAUUUUCAGAUCAGUAGCCAAACAAAUUUGCAUCUCAUAAUUGUAAAAAAUUUGACUGAGGAGGCACCUGGCUCAAUGGUUAGGUAUUUAAAAAUCCUGGUAUACUAGAGAAAUCCCAAGGUCUUGGAAAAAUAUGUGCCAGUGUCCAGAGAGAGAAAGCGAGAUGACACCCGACUGUUAGAUGGUUCUGCAGUAAUAAUCACAGGUAAGAGAGUGUCAAGUUAUUACAAGUUAGCUAACAUAUGGUCUAACAAAAUAAUUUUAAUAAGUUAGUGUUUAAAAAAAAAGUUGUGAGAAACAAACCUGACUUCAUUCUUUGACAAAAUAAUACGUUUGGUUGAUGAAAGCACUGGUGUAAAUUUAAUAAAUCAAGAAAUUUGUAAAUUCUGAAGAAAAAAGAAUGUAUGUCUGUA